AUGGCUAUCGGAGAAAGAGCGUUAAUUUCGUCCGUCACCAAAUGUUUCAGGCAAAGUACAAAAAAACAUUCAAAAAUUGUUGAUCUUUCUUUGUUACCACCGUGUCAGUCUGUGUUGAAACUUCACGGCAGACGAGCAAACUUUGUUGCUAAGAUAUGGAAGUCGUCAGAUGAAGCAAAACUACAGAUUCCAGAAAUCUCACAUCAUGGAUGGAAAUCGACCGGUGAAAUCAAAUGGCUGGUAAGAGAAUUUCCCAAUGAUGUAGAAGAACUUCUAUUUAAUCCUGAACUCGAUGAACUGGACGACGAUCAAAUAUUUGAUAGAGAUUUCGAGAGUGAGGAAGAAAGUGAUUUUGACAGCUGA